AUGUCGCUCGAGCAACAAUGGCAGCGGCAGCAACUGCUGCCGGUCCUUCCCGGUGCAGUGGAUUCGCUCAGUGCUGACAAACUUCUGCUCGUGCCGCCCCGUAAUGGGGAUGUGGUAGCGGCAGUGCCCCGCGUCGUGGAGCUGUCGAUUAUGGAUGACGCCAUUCGCUACGCUCUUCAGCGGAUCCUUUUAUAUGGCGUACCCAUAGCGGCGAACAUGGUGAUCCGUGACCUAGACUACGAGCUCGGUGGAAGUCUACAGCCGCUGAACGAGAGCUGGCCGCAGGCGUACAAGUGGGCCGUGGUGCUCAUUAUUGUCUUCUCCAUUAUCUGUUUCGCAGUGGUGGGCCUGGUGCUUGCCUACAUCGUUUUUGAGCGUCGCCGUGAAACCCAGGAUAAGUUAAAGAGGAAGGGCCACAGCAAAUCCGACGACGACGCAUACUCCCACAGUGAGCAUGAUGCAGGAUCCUUGCCGCAGGGUGACAGCUAUGCGGUGGAGGAGAGUAGCGACUCCUCCUACGAUAGUUUCGAUGACGAAGAAGAAGGGGACGAGUGGAGUAGCAGCAGUGACGAGGUUUGA